UGCUACUACAAUUACAUUGAUCAAUACAUAAUAUUGUUACAAAUUGACAGUCAUAUAAACAAAUGUCCUAUAAAAUUAGUGGAAAAAACAAAAUGGGUUUUUUCAACUAUUGUGUAUUCAAUGUUUAUUGAAAUAUAAAAUUAACAAUGGAUGAAUCAGAAACAGCCUUUACUCAGAUGGAAUUUGCUGUAGAAAUGACGAGCCAGAAUUGUGUUCGUGUUAUUGAUGACUGUCUUCAACAGGUUCAAGGUAUCAAGGAGUAUAACAUAAACCUACAAGAUGAACAGGUCACAUUGAUAACAAACAUUCCUUCUGGCAAAAUUCAACAGAUUUUGGAAGAAACUGGAAGAAAAGUCAUUUUACGUGGACAAGGUGGAACACAGUUAGCAGAUGGUUUUGCAAAUCAUAUUGGAGCUGCAGUUUCAAUUGUGUCUGGUGAAAAUAACAUUCAAGGAGUCAUACGUUAUGUUCAAGUUGACAAAGACAGAUGCAUAAUUGAUGGAACUAUAGAUGGUCUUGCCCCAGGCUUACAUGGUUUACACAUUCACGAACUUGGUGAUCUUUCAGAUGGAUGUAAUAGUGUGGGAAAUAUUUACAAUCCUCAAAACGAGAACCAUGGAGGACCAAAUAUCAAAAAAAAACAUGUUGGUGAUUUGGGCAACAUCAAUGCAGAUACAAGAAAACGUGCACAAUUUCGCCUGCAAAGUCAUGAUAUUAAGGUGUGGGAUGUCACUGGUAGGUCAGUGGUAAUAACAGAGAAAGAAGAUGAUUUGGAAGGUGGUGAUUUGCAAUCAAAAAUUGAUGGAAAUUCAGGAAAGAGGCUAGCUUGUGGUAUUAUUGCUCGAUCAGCUGGAUUGUUUCAGAACAGGAAGAAGAUAUGUGCUUGUACUGGAAUGACACUUUGGGAAGAAAGAGAAUUAGAAACAAACAAAACAUCAGCAUAGAAAUUCUAAUAGUAUGCAUGAAAAUGGAUAAUGCUAUGCACCAAUAAUUGAUGGAAUAGCUCCUCAAAUAAGAUUCACACAAACUUAUUUGUAAUGUAAACAUUUUAUAAUUCUGCGCCACAUAAAUUACUUCAAUUGGCAAUGCUUUUGGUAGUGCAUGUGACUAGAUAUGGUGGAGUAUAUCACUGUCUGUCUUAAUUUCAUUAGUUUGCCCCCUCAUUAUUAGCUUGGUAAUUUAUAUAUUUGUUUAUCAUUUGCAAAUGACCUAAUCAAGUCAUCCAAGCAUAUUUUCUCACUCAUGCAAUAAACCUUUUAUUUACGUCGAAGCCUUUUUCCAAAUGUCAAUAUAGCUUUGUUUUUGAUGCCAUAACUAAAAAUAAAUAAGAUGAAUAAACAGUAAUUUUUUUGAAAAUAAA